AUGCUUGCCCGCCCCUACUGGGCCUGGAGCAAGUUGGCGUUAGCCGUGCUGCUUGCCUUGUCGGUCUACUGCCGAAGAUUGCAGCCCCAUGAGCUGCUGAACGACUCGCAGCUGCCCGGCGGCAUGCAGCAUAGCAGGGCCGGCGGCGGGGCGGCGGCCGGGGGCGGCAGCGACCAGCUUUCGGGGAGGCGGCAGCUGGGCGACGGAGCGGGGCAUGCUGGAGCCGUUGAGGGUGCGGUCCUGACCGCAGCUGCAGCAGGCGCCAACGACCCUCACACGGCGGCAGUCAUGGCGGGCGCUGGGGUGCACGGCUUUGUGCGCAAGGCGGGCCCGCUGGACCCGCUGCACUGGCAGGCCGGCAGCUUUGAUUGGCGGGUGCUCCAGCGGCAGAGCUGGCUGGACGAGCGUGCGCGGCUGCUUGCGGAAGGCAGCCCGCCGCCUCCGCUGCCCCUCCUCUCCUCCUGCCAGGUGUUUGUCAACCACCUGUACAGAGUCAUCUAUCUGCGCCAUGCCAAGACCGCCUCCAGCUCCCUGCUCUGCCACUUCUCCGGCUGCCGCGAGGAGAAGGCGGGCGGCGGCAGCGGCAAGGCCGACACAAGCUUCCAGCACCUGAAGCUGGCGCCCGGCCAGGAGCUGGAGGCACUGUGGCGGGACUACUUGGUAGUCACAUUUGUGCGCAACCCGUAUCAGCGGGCCGUGAGCGCCUACAAGAUGAUGGCCAGGCAGGGCGACCCGCGGCGCGCCGCCGACAACGGUACCGCCGACAAUGGUACCGCCGACAACGGUACCGCCGCCUACUCCUGGGACAACUUCUGCGCCGACCCCGCGGGCUUUGCCGACGAGUGCCUGGCAGACCCGGUGUGCCGCAAGAAGGGGCGGGAGUUUGUGUAUGCGCACAUCGAGCCUCAGCAGCCGUGCGUGGUGUCGGCCAACGGCGGCUGGGCUGUGGACUUUAUCGGCAGGGUGGAGCACAUGGACGAAGACCUGGGGGCGGUACUGCGGGAGCUGGAGCGGCGGCGGCCGCAGGACGCGCCGCCGAUAAAGCAGCUUGACCAUAGCCUGGAGAACGUGAAUGGGCGAGGCUGCAAUGAGACCGGCGAGGGCCGACCGCACCCUGUGGCCAAGGAGCAGUACUGUAACCCCGCAGAAUACUACUCGGGCAGGCACGCGGCCUGCUUUGCGGCGGUACAGCGGCACUACGCGGGGGACGUGGCGAUGCUGCAGUUUGGGCCGCAGGAUGAGGCGCGAGCGGCGACGGCGCAGCGACGGCGGCUGGGCUGA